AUGAAUUAUCAAGAUGCUUAUCAGGGAUUAGGAUCCCAUCAUCCCUCACGCAUGCAAUCACCUAUUAGUGAAUCGAAUUCGAUGACGACAACUUCGGAUCUAUACUUGUCAAAUAGACCUCAGGGGUGGUCUGAUCCAAUGUAUGAACAGACAUGGGGAAUGAAUACUAAUUCAUAUAAUGGAGGAUCACUCAAGUCAAAUUAUAGGCCACAGCAGGAUCCGAAUGGCUACGAAUCAAAUGGGUUUAGGUCUACAUCCCCAGGAGGUUCUUUUAGUCAAAAUGAUAUGAUCAUAGAUCAACAGGUACCUAAUGUGAACACCAUGGCACAGUUUGCUGCCCAGGCCAAUCAUCCGAUCACAUUGCAAUCAGGUCAGUUGAAUAAUCCUCGUGAUUUUACUACUGCUCCAUCAAGGACGGUGUAUUUAGGUAAUGUUCCACCAUAUAUUACAACGAAAGAGCUUUUAGAUCAUGUUAGAUCUGGGGUUGUUGAGGAAGUUAAAAUUUUGCCGGAAAAGAUGUGCGCCUUUAUUUCAUUUGUAGAUGAAAACUCAGCUUUAUUGUUCCAUUCGGAUGCUAUUUUGAAAAGACUAAAUAUCGAUGAUCGUGACAUCAAAAUAGGGUGGGGGAAGCCUACUCAAGUGGACCCUAUUGUCGCCGCUGGUAUUGCUAACGAUGGUGCGACAAGAAAUGUUUAUAUUAGCAAGUUGAAUACUAAUCCUGAAAUAUGCUCUCAAUGGGGCGCAAAUCCUAAUGAAGAGGUGAUAACUGAAGAAAAGUUGCGAACUGAUUUGGCUGAUUUUGGGGAAGUCGAAAACGUGAAAAUUGUGGAAGAAAAAGGUAUAGCAUUUGUCCACUUCUCUUCUAUAUUUGCUGCUGUGAAAGUGGUAGCUAAUUUGGCAAAUAUUAAUCCUUACUACGCGCAAAAGAAGAUAUACUAUGGAAAAGAUAGAUGUGCAUUUAUUACAAAAACUCAACAGCAUAAUGCGGCCCAGUUUUUAGGAAUUCAGCGAGGCAUGGAGUCGUUAUUUUCAAAUGAUAGAGUAUUAAUCUCUCAAACAUUAUUACAACAGUCCGCGGCAGCAGCGGCUAUUGCAACAAGUGCAGGCGGUGCUAAUAAUUUGGGGAAUAGAACCAUUUACUUGGGUAAUUUACCUAGAGAUGUAAAGCUAGAGGAAAUUUGCAAUUCUGUUCGUGGAGGGCUGCUACAAAAUAUUAAAUUGUUAAAUGACCGUCACGUUUGCUUUGUCACAUUUAUUGAUCCCACUGCCGCAGCGCAAUUUUACGCAAUGAGCUCUUUGCAUGGCUUAACGAUACACAACAAGCGUUGUAAGAUAGGUUGGGGUAAACAUUCAGGGCCGCUACCUAAUCCACUUGCAUUAGCUGUUUCUCGUGGUGCCUCAAGAAACUUAUAUCUAGGAAAUAUUGAUUUUCAAGCAGACAAACAAUUAUCUGAACCUGUUUUUACGGAGGCAUCAUUAAGGAAUAAAUUCCAAGAAUAUGGGGAAGUUGAACAGAUUAACUUUUUAUAUGAAAGAAACUGUUGUUUCAUCAACUUCGCCAAUAUUAGCAGUGCCAUCCUGGCCAUAGAUAAAAUCAAGUCCAUUCCAAUAUUUAAAGAUUUGAAGAUUAAUUUCGGUAAAGAUCGUUGUGGUAAUGUUCCACGUCAAUCUUGCUAA